AUGGGCUGCAACAUGUGUGUGGUCAAACGUCCGGAGGAGCAGUACAGGAUCAUGUUCCAGCAAAAAGGCUGGAGUAACUCCCUGCGGCCGAUGGACAGACAUGGAAACGCGAAGGUCAGAGGACGGAGGCCCUCUCAGCUACCGCUAGACAGACCACAAAAUUCCCAGGAGUCUUUGCACCAACCUGGGUCGGUCCGCAAAAGUCACAGGAGGAAAGGUACGUUAGUGUGCAGCGGUAACGGGACCGGCAGCAGCUCCAUCUACUCUGUUGCCAUGGUGGCGAUCCCCGACUGCGUUGACAAUGCCACGCAAACGGACAUCAGCUUCCAGAACAUCGUGACUCUGGGAAAGAGCAGAGGUCAUCACCACCACCACGGCCGGGGAGGAGGCUCCUUUUCCCCUCCACCACCUCCACCUUCACCUCCCCUCCCUCACCUCGUGGGACCAUACGGGAUCAAUGAGUUCUGUGUGUUUGAGUACAAUGACCCCGAUGACUACUUUGACAUCUCGAACCAUGAGGUGGACAGGCAGGAUGACCUGGAAUAUGAGGAGGUGGAGCUGUACAAAUCCAGUCAGCAGGAGAAGUUGGGUCUGACAGUCUGCUACAGGACGGAUGACGAAGAGGAUCUUGGGAUUUAUGUUGGAGAGGUAAAUCCAAACAGCAUAGCAGCAAAGAAUGGACGUAUCAGAGAGGGUGACCGAAUACUACAGAUCAACGGAGUGGAUAUUCAGAACAGAGAAGAAGCCGUGGCCAUUUUGACAAGAGAGGACAGCAUCAACUUCUCACUGCUGCUGGCCAGGCCGGAUAUAGAGAAUGAAAACCCUGUUGACCCAGAAGAGGACAUGGAGCUAACCCUGGAAGGAGGAAGCUUCCACCCAAACCCUCGAGCCUCCUCUUGCUCCAACACUUCCUCUCACCUCUCUGGCUAUUAUCGCCUCUGCCGGACGGGAGGAGGAGGAGGAGGAGGAGGAGGUCUGUCCUGCCCGGGAGGAGGAGGGGGAGGUAGAGAGGGUGCAGGGGGUGAUGUGGCUGUGGAGGAGGAAGAGGAUGAGGAUGGGGAGGAAGGAGAGAGAGGAGAGAAGGAGGACAGAGACCCACCUGUACCCCUCCCUCCUCUGCUGAGCCUGGCUCCUCUUCUGUCCAACAGCCAGGAGCUGGACAGCGGAGUGGGCCGGACCGACGACAGCACACGCUACGAGGAGUCGUCCGAACACGACCUGCUGGGUGAUCAGACCAGUGCCUGUAACACCAACACCACCAACACACCAGGCAGCACCAGGAAGUUCAGACCGGGACCCAGCCCCAGACCCAGUCCUAGACCCAGCCCUGGCCUUGGCCCCAGUCCCGGGCGAGGAGACACCACCCCCCCCUUCCUCCACAUGCGAGACCUCCAGCUCAGCUCCGACUCCCUCCCUGGCCUGGACUGGGCAGCUGGAGGAGGAACAGGAGGAGCAGCGUACAGUCCCCACCACCAUCACCACCACAAGCACUACCACCACCAUCACCAUCAGCCCGCUCUGACAAUGAUGAUGAUGCCAGGUCUGACGGAGGAGGAGUGCCAGCGAUACCAGGAGCUGCUGGAGAUCAAGUGCCAGUACGAGAGACGCAACGAAAAACAGCAAAAAGACGCAGCGGGGGACGUCAAAGGGGAGAGGAAAGAUCAGGAGGAGAGGAAGGAGCCAGGGAAGGAAGGAGAGGAGGAAGAUUCUUUUUCUUCUUCGAUGGUGGACGUGAACUGCAAUGUGACUUUGAGUGAGCACGAGAUGGCGCUGAUCGAGGAGGAGUUGCGCCACCUGGAGUUCAAGUGCCGCAACAUUCUCAGAGCGCAAAAGAUGCAGCAGCUCAGAGAGAGAUGUCUGAAAGCCUGGAUGAUGGAGGAAGAGACGGUGGUGGUCGGAGCGGGGCGACCAGGCCCUCCUGAAGCAGGUCUGGAUAAUGAUAAUGAUGAUGAUGAUAACGAUCCUCAUCGUCACGAGCUGUCGGCCAUCAACGAGCUCCCGGAGCGAGAGCGGUCGGACGACAAAGACAGCACUAGCGCCUACAACACCGGAGGAGAGAGCUGCCGGAGUACGCCGUUGGUCAGCACCGAGCAGAUCCCGCCUCUCCACGAAGACGAAGAUGAAGGUGGGAGACGACUGAUGUCUCCACCUCCUCUUCUCCCCCUCAGUCGCCUCCCACCUCUGAACUCCCCCCUUACCCCGCGGCGUCACAGACGGGACCGAGACAGAGAGAGACGCCACUCCAACCUCAGCUGCUCUUUUUCCCCCACCACUUACAGGAAGUACGAAACAGCCAAUGGGAACGUGGCAAACAGCUCAAGGUCCACCCCCUCUACUCCCUCCAAGUUCAGGUCUCUGACCAGAGAGGCGGGGUCAUCGUCAAGAAGGGGUGUGGCUGAUGGAGGCCGGGGCUCCAGAGCAGGUGGAGCCACCGACAGGCCCAUAGGUGGAAGUGCAGAGUCCAGUCCCUAUUUCACCAGAAGACACCACAGCCACAACAAACCAUUAGAGCGCUACCAGAGCUGUAUGACCCUCCCCUCGGAGGGCCUGGUGGACCCACUGGACCGUGUGAGAGACACAGUGAGGGCAGAGGGUGAGGAGAGAGGGAUGGGCACAGGCAGCAGUGGCCCAGGCAGCCCCAGGAGUGUGAACAGCGCCCCCUGUGCACUGGAGGACCAUCAUACAGGCGCCUCGCGGUUAGGACUUGCCUUACCGCUUGGGCUGAUGCACUCGUCACCAACUGCCUCACCACAACGCAUGGAGUGGAAGGUAAAGAUCCGGAGUGAUGGCACUCGCUACGUCGCCAAGCGGCCGGUCAGGGAUCGUCUCCUGAAGGCCAGAGCCAUGAAGAUCAGGGAGGAACGCAGCGGCAUGACGACUGACGAUGAUGCUGCCAGUGAAAUGAAACAGGGCCGAUACUGGAGCAAAGAGGAGAGAAAGCAGCAGCUGCUGAGAGCCAGAGAAUACCGCCGAAGAAGAGAGUUCAUGAUGCAGAGCCGACUGGAGUACCUCAAAGGAGACAGGGACACUUCAUCAUUGACAGGGGGCGCUGAUGACCCCCUUUCAUCCCAGACCGCCCAGCUUCAUCCCCGACAGGACUCCCCCAGCAACAACAUCCUGUUACUGAGCCAGAAGAAGAUCAUGAAGAAGAGGAAUCGCCGCAUCCUCGACAACUGGAUCACCAUCCAGGAGCUGCUGGCUCAUGGCUCAAGGUCACCCGAUGGAAAGAAAAUAUACAACCCUCUGCUUUCUGUGACUACUGUGUGAUCUGCAAACAGAGAGGAAAAAGAAGAGGAGAAAAGAGAGAAGAAAUGGACAAUAAAAACUUGGAACAUAAAGAUCAAAGCUUCAGAUUUCUCUGAGCUUGAAGGAAGAAAGAAACUUGUUAAAAAGAAAG